AUGAAAAACGGGCGUGCAGCAUCGACACUGUAUCAAGCAUGCGCCCACAAUGACCCCGUCUCUCUGCGGAAAGUUCUGGAGAGAGGGGUCACAAAAGAAGAGGCCAUGGAGCUGGAUAUCAAUGGCUGGAAUGGCUUGAUGGUGGCUUGCUGCAAGGGUUUCAUAGACAUUGUAUAUGGGCUUCACAACUGUCCGUUCAUAGACAUAAACCACCAGGACAAUGAGGGCAACACUGCACUGAUGAUUGCAUCCCAAGCAGGUCAUAUCAACACAGUCAUGUAUCUCCUAAACUAUUAUCCCGGUAUAGACACAGAAAUAAAGGAUUGUCGUGGUUUCACGGCCCUCAUCAAAGCUACUCUGACCGGCCGCAAUGAUGUCGUGGCUGCCCUCGUUAUGGCUGGGGCUGACAUUCACGCAGUAGACUCCACAAAAGAAAAAUGUGCUGGAGACUGGGCACUGAAAACAGGUCGCUAUGAGACCUUGUAUCGCCUCCGCCGCCUAAAUAUGCGGCCAAAAGCUGAACAGUUUUGUGAGAGUUAUGUCCCUGAGUGGCCUGAGCUCAAGGAGAGGGUAGCUAGUGCCACAGCUGAGAAAACCGCCAGGGAAAAAAUUACUCAGCAGAUAAAAAACACCUUUGGAUUCAGAUUUCCUCGUGACCCCCAGGACAACGGGGUCUUGGACCACAUGGUGCGCAUGACCACCAGCGUCCAUAGUCCCCUGAUUUCAACUGGGUGCCGUCCACUCUGCCCCACAAGCCCUCCGGAGGUGGGGAAGAGGCGGCUGGCUGUACCAGAGCUGGUGAAGAAACACCCAGAUAAGGAGCUGGAAGAGAGUUCGGUAUGCCACAGCGACAGCUCCGUAUCACACAUCAUUCCCACACUCCACUCUGCAGAGUCCAUCACUACAACGUGCUGUGCCGACACCGAGCGACGAGGCAGCAUCCUCUCACUGGCCUCGACCAAAGUUGCUACUACAUUUAUUCCCCGGGGUAUGGCAAGAAGGAACAGCGUGUUCCCCUCAGGCUGCAUCCCCAAGAUCAAUGUCAGCAGGCCUACAGAGGCAACGCCAAAGAAAGAAACUAAGAGGAAAAGGGAAAAGGGCUUCCUGGAACUACCCAAGUGGAACCUGCUGGUGGAGCAUGUUAGUAAACUGACAGCCUGGUUAGCUGUCAUCAUCUCGCCUCGGCAGCCCCAUCUAACCCUAGCUAACUAA